UCUUUUUUUCAUUUAUAGGCAAGACAAUUGAAAAAGUAAAAACGCUUUCUUUCUUUCGUUUUUAUUCUUAUUCUUAUUAUUCGUCAGUUUCCGACUUUCCUCUCCUUUCUGUGACGAUUUCAAAAAUAAAAAAAAGAAAAGAAAAUCGCUGGAUUCUCGCCGAUCGUGGGAGGAAGGAAGAGAAUCCACCUUUUUUUUUCUCGAAAAAAGCAACCGUUUCAUUCAGUUAGUUUGUUUCGAAGAAGAAGAAGAAGAAGAAGAAGAAGUAGAAGAAGAUGGGCUUCGGCUUGAGUUCUUGGGGGGAAAAAGUAAUCUUGUUGCCAUGGAUCUUGUUGGUGUGGAUAUCAUUCUCGUGGAAGGAUGUGGAAGGACUUGGAGUGAAUUGGGGAACGCAGGCGACGCACAAGCUUCCGCCGAAGACGGUUGUGCAGAUGCUCAAGGACAAUGGGAUUCAGAAAGUGAAACUGUUCGACACGGAUGACUCGACCAUGAGCGCACUCGCUGGCUCCGGAAUCGAGGUCUUUGUCGCCAUUCCCAAUGACCAGCUCUCCGCCAUGAACUCCUUCAAGCGCGCCCAGGAUUGGGUCAAGCGCAACGUCACUCGUUACAACUUCAGCGGCGGUGUUAACAUCAAGUACGUAGCCGUCGGUAAUGAACCUUUCCUCUCAUCCUACAAUGGCUCAUUUCUAAACGUCACCUUCCCGGCGCUUCAAAACAUUCAAAGGGCCCUUAAUGAAGCUGGUGUUGGAGACUCUAUAAAGGCUACUGUGCCCUUAAACGCCGACGUCUACAACUCACCAGAAAGCAACCCCUUCCCAUCUGCUGGAAGAUUCCGCACUGAUAUCAACCAACUGAUGACUCAGAUUGUCCAGUUCCUAAACGAAAACAAGGCACCUUUCACCGUAAACAUAUACCCUUUCUUAAGUCUUUAUGGAAAUGACCACUUCCCAUUUGACUACGCCUUUUUUGAUGGCGUGAGCAAUACCAUUCUCGAUCCAUCUACUGGAAUCCAGUACACCAAUGUGUUUGAUGCCAACUUUGACACCCUUGUGGCCGCCUUGAGAGCUGCAGGAUACGGCGACAUGACCAUUUUGGUUGGUGAGGUGGGUUGGCCAACGGAUGGGGACAAGAAUGCCAAUACGGGUUAUGCUUACAGAUUCUACAAUGGACUUUUGCCAAGACUUGCAUCCAAUAGGGGCACCCCAUUGCGACCCGGAUACAUAGAAGUCUACUUGUUUGGACUUAUUGAUGAGGAUGCCAAGAGCGUUGCGCCGGGGAAUUUCGAGCGCCACUGGGGGAUUUUUAGGUACGACGGCCAGCCCAAGUUCCCAGUUGAUCUUUCUGGUCAGGGUCAGAACAAGCUACUUGUGCCUGCCAAGAAUGUAGAAUAUCUUCCCAACAAAUGGUGCAUGUUCAACCCCAAUGCCAAGGAUUUGAGCAAGCUCGCGGACAACAUAGACUAUGCUUGCACAUUCUCCGAUUGCACGGCGCUCGGAUAUGGUUCUUCUUGCAACAAUUUGGAUUCAAACGGGAACGCCUCUUAUGCCUUCAACAUGUACUUUCAGGUACAGAAUCAAGAUGACAUGGCUUGCAACUUUCAGGGUAUGGCCAUGUUGACCACACAGAAUAUUUCUCAGGGAAACUGCAAUUUCAUCAUUCAGAUUAAAUCCUCCUCUGCUUUUUCGCUUAGACCUUCCCAGUUUGGUUUAGUAUUUUUGACAUUAUUUGCUUAUUUUCCUCGAGAUUUUCUCACCCCAUUGUAGACAUGUUAUAUCAGAUUGUCUUCCGUCUUUUUUUUUUUUGGGGGGGGCGCUAGAUAUUUAUUGUGUAGGUAGGUUCAUGGAUGAUAUGGAUUUUUUACUAUGGCGUCACUCAGCAACCAGCUUAAACAAUCAAUACUUAUGUUUCGUUCAAAGCAUACUUGAUCAGCAUCCCUCUGAGAUUCUU